CUCAGGAAAAACUUUUUGUAAUUUCUUAUCUUGAAAGAAUUCCUAGAGCUACUAUAUGUGGAACAGCAAAUAAAUUUCAAGUUCAACCAAAGCAAAUUCAGGAUUGGAAAAAUAAACAAAAAGAGCUAUUGUCAGCUCAGCCUCAUAUUAAAUGUCUCAAUGUUGGUGCUUAA